UUUACUUCACAAGAUAGGUUGUAAAUAGUUAAAAUUUAUUACGAGUACUAAAAAUUAGGUUUGUGCAAAUCGUUUGAAAUUGAUGCUCAUAGUAACACUAUUAUUUUGCCACAUUUUGUAAACUGCAAAGGAUAGGAAGUCCUAUGGAAUAGUCCAGCAAGUUAAGCUGCUGCCAGAGUACAACCGACACAAAGGAAUUAAGGAUCGUUAAGGUGUUGCACAAAUGAUCGUGCUGUGGAAGAUGUUCCUGUCCAAGCUGCCUGGUUGCACGAUCAUCACUGCCAGGCCUGCUAGUUACGUUGUUAUACAAGGAGGAGCCCAGUCAAGCCUCACAUGGUUCAGAGCAGCACUGGGCCACACAGCUCUCCUCUCUUCAAUUACAGUAUUCUUAAAGAUACUCACAUCACAUCAGUCCUGCAAAGAAGCUCUCUUGUUAGAUUAGUCAGCAUGCCUAAGGCAAAGAACAUGAUUUGGGAAAAGAACAUGUUCUGGAUGUUGCUGUUUGUCUGCUUGCAGCCAUAAACAAGCCGAGGAGACGCACUUUUCAACUAUAUUGCUAACGGACCAAUGGAGUUUUUCAACAGUUCCCAGUUUUUCAUGCACCACGACUACUUGGGCGACUACUUGCAAGACAAUGAGACCAACUCCAGCAUUGUUGAACCCAACUCCAUGGGUUGCUUCCAGCUGCGCAUCCCGCAGGAGCUCUUCCUGUCACUGGGCCUCAUCAGCCUGGUGGAGAACAUCCUGGUCAUCGUGGCCAUCAUCAAGAACCGCAACCUUCACUCUCCAAUGUACUACUUCAUCUGCUGCCUAGCUGCAUCCGACAUGCUGGUGAGCGUCAGCAACGUGGUGGAAACCAUUUUCAUGCUCCUGCACGACCAUGGCCUGCUGGACAUGCAACCAGGCAUGCUGCGCCACCUGGACAACAUCAUCGACGUGAUGAUUUGCAGCUCGGUGGUGUCGUCGCUCUCCUUCCUCAGCACCAUCGCGGCCGACCGCUACAUCACCAUCUUUUACGCGUUGCGCUACCACAGCAUCAUGACCACACAGCGUGCCGUAGGCAUCAUCGCAGCCGUAUGGCUGGCCAGCUUCACCUCCAGCAUUUUCUUCAUCGUCUAUGACACGGACAACGCCGUCAUCGUGUGCCUGAUCACCUUCUUCUGCUCCAGCCUGGUCUUCAACGCCGUGCUCUACCUGCACAUGUUCUUGCUGGCGCACAUACACUCGCGCAGCAUCACCGUCAACUUCCGCAAAAAGCGCCGACCAUCCACCAGCAUGAAGGGCGCCGUCACGCUCACCAUCCUGCUUGGUGUCUUCAUCGUGUGCUGGGGACCCUUCUUCCUGCACCUCAUUCUCUACCUCACCUGCCCCACCAGCCCCUUCUGCAACUGUUUUUUCAGGAACUUUAACCUCUUCCUCAUCCUUAUCAUCUGUAACUCGCUUAUAGACCCCCUCAUCUACGCCUACCGGAGCCAGGAGCUGCGCAAGACUCUAAAAGAGCUGCUCCUGUGCAGCUGGCUCUUCGGGGAGUGA